AGCAGUUGAGACAGUUGUUUAAAAUAAAAUUUUCUUUUUUUGUUAUUCUUAUUAUUAUUAUGUCACUUGUUCAAGAAAGAGAAAAGCGUGUUAAUGCGGGUAGUCGUAUGCGUGCACUUUUGAAUCAAGAAGUGGACAUGGAAGAAUUAUUUGAAUAUAAUGAAGACGAUGAAGAAGAUCAAGAAUUUUCUGAUAAAAUGGAAGAGGAAGAUAAAGUCGAUUCAGACUUUGAUCUUGAUUCUUCAGAAGGAGAACAAGAACACAUUGAAGAAGGAAAAGCUAUGGAUAAGCAAAUAGCAUUGGACGAGAAAAGAGCGCGUAGAGCAGCUACAUUUCAACCACCUACCGUCUCAAAGCCCAAGAAACCAGUGGAAAGGCAAAAAAGAUCCAGGCCAGAAGACACAAUAGAAGAACGCGCUGUUCGGUAUUCUUCAAGAAAAAACACCGUGUUGAAUCGAAUAUUAGUUCAAGAUCAACUGAGGGAACAUGAAAAGAGAAGAGCUUCUCAGCCAAAAAGAGAUCGACCUGUCGUGAAUAAAAUGACCCAAGAAGAACUAUUAGCUGAAGCAGUCAUUACUGAAGAAAAGAACAAGAGCUCAUUACUCGAAUGGCAACAAAAAGAAGCAGAAAGAAAAGCCAAUGCCAAAAAGAUAGACAAAAAAGGUGUGAUAGGUCCCUUUAUUCGUUACCAUUCAUUUACAGACAGAUUGGAUGAUGCCAUGGGGAGAAAUCUAGUUACUUUUGUUGAACAAAAUGACUUGGAUGAAGAAGAAGAAGAUAAUCUAGAGCAAUUAGGCAUGAUACAUCAUGUCUCAGCAUGGUUUGAAAAACUGCCUAAACCCAAUAAGCCAAUUAUGUGCCCUAUCACGGGCGAAUUAGCUAAAUAUCGGGACCCUUCUACAGGUGUGCCUUUUGCUGAUAUUAAAUCCUAUGAGGCUAUCAAGGCCUGCUUAAACCAUCGUAUGCAAUGGUCUCCUUCUAGCCACCUUUAUUUAGGCAAUCUGCCUAAUGCACGCGGUGUUCCUGAUGGCUGGUAAACUAAGGGACGUCGUUGCGUUAGUAGACUGUUGUCAAUGAAUCAUUUAACGUUGCAUGAUUAUUCCACGAGAUGCCAAAUAAAAAGCGCUGGUUGCACAACAUGACAAUCUGCAGUUUAAGCAAAGUUACCUAAUUAGUGUCACUUGCCCC